AAAAAUUUAAGUAUACUUUUAAUUAUAAUUGAGAUAAAUUUAUUACAAUCCUGAUUCCAACAAUUUGAAUUUAUUUGCAAAAUUUCUAGUUUUUGAAUUCCGAGAUGAAAUAAAGAAUGAAGAAAUCUUUCAUGAAGAAAUAAAGUUAAUAAUAAUAAUAAUAAUAAUAAUAAUAAUAAGGGUCACAUUCCAAAAUUCACCGUCAUUACUCAAAAAUCAAUAGUAUACGCAACGUCAAUAUAGAUUUUCUACUGGCAGUAAAUUUUGGUACGCAGCCAAGAUAAGAUUCUGAGAAUAACUAAAUUUCAAAAAUUGCCCAAAUUUAUAUUAUUUUUGCAUCAGUUUAUUCAGUAUAUGUUUUACACUAAUUACUACAUGUAUAUUAAUUGUAUGUAUGUUGUAUAUAUAUAUAUAUAAUCCAGCAAACACCAACUAACAGUUAUAUAAAAUAUAACUGUUAGUUGGUGUUUGCUGGAAACAUACGUUUUAAUUUGAGUCUUCGUCAGUGCAUAUUCUAGUGCAUAUUUAGAAAAAUCUUUGUCUUUGCCUUCCAUUCUCGUUAAGUGUGUGUCAAUCAUUAAAUAUUAUGGUGAUUGUUACAAUUUAUAAAGAGUAAUCUAUAAAGUGUAAAAAUAUAAUUAUAACACUAUAUCUAAUUAUUAUUAUUAGACAAUGGUUAUUCUUUUGAUUUAAUAUUGUCGAUGAUGAAACGAAAGUUAUCUAUAAAAUUCCACUUAAUUAAUAAUCAAAAUGUGGAAUCUUCCAAUUUGACUAAUGAAAAUGAAGAUAAAAAGUAACAUAUUAUCAUCAUGAUUCUGUUUAUUCCCAGCAUAGCUCAGUAAUUUAAAUAAUUAACUGGAUAAACCUAACAAAAAAAUUAAAAUAAAAAGAAUAAAUAAACUCAACAAAUUUAUAGAAACACAAAAAAAUACAAUAUUGACAUUAUCAAAUACUAAUUUAUUCCAUUAACUUAUAUCAUUUGUGUAAAAUAUUUAAGUUAAUAUGGGGAUUUUUAGAAGUUUUUCUUUUUUAAUGUAAAAUAUUUUUUUAUUAAUUAUACAAAUAUGUCAUAUUAUUUCGCAAGACAAUAUGUAGCUCAACAUGGAACACAACUAUAUAUAAAAAUUAGAUUUAUUCUUAGAUUUUAUGUAGAAAAAUUUUGAAUAUAUAAAUGGGUUUUUAUUUCUUUACUUAUCUAAUCAGAUAAUUUUUAGUGAAAUUAGUAUUAUUACAAUGCAAUGUUUAAUUUUAGAAAUAACAGAGUGCUGCUUUAGGUAGGAGCAGGCUGCUUACAUUAGUAUUAACGAUUUUCUAUUUAGCAUUUUCCAUUUAAAAAAAUGUAAAAAAACAACAAAAAAGAAAAUUAUCACAUUCUUCAAACAUUAAAAGUGUAAAGAAAAUUCAAAAAUUGAAUAUUCACAAAACCUGCGGUAGAAGAAUGGAGUCAAUAAAGGAAACAUUGAAAUAUACAGGAAUAUACAUUAUGCCAAAAAAGUAGAAAAAUUAAAUCGAAUAAAACGCAAAUUCUUUUAAAAGGGUUAUACACGAAUUUGGAAAUAUAGGAUGUAUCUUCAAUUGCGAUUGCGUUUAUUUAAGGAAUAAAGAAUGUAAGGAUUCAUGUCAUGAAAUAUGAAUGUAGGUCAUCGAGUCACACAAUAAUCGAUAAGAGUAAAACGGAAACAGUAAAUUGUCAAAUGCCAAGACCAAAUUUCGCGUGCAUAUAAAAUUUAAGCAAAAAAUAAAUAUCUAAAAGUGUAAUUUUUGUAACUUGAACAUUUAAUAUAAAAAUGCAUUGUAACAAUAACAAUUUAAUUUGUACAAGUAAUCAAGCUAAAUGGCAGAUUUUAUCUUCAAAAAAUUGCACAAUUAAAAAACAUUUCGAAGGUUGGCAGGUAUAAGCAUUAGGCAUCGAAUUCAUAUAUGUGUAUUAUAAAUAUAUUAUAGAUAUAUUAUCUAUUCUACUGUUAGCAUUGUUACUUCAUAAAAUUAUCUGUCCAAAGAUCUGUCCAAAAAAUGCAAACAAUGGAGAAAAAGAUUUGCAGUUGAUUUUAACAAUUCCUAAGUCAAAAACUAAUUCACGAUGUAUGUCCGAGACGAUCAAAACCGCAAAUGUCGAGACUUGUUGCAAUCGCGAGGAUCUAGAAGAAUUGUUAAGAGCCGAGGAUAAAGAGAGCGAUCAGGAAAACGGAAACAUAAUAUUAACAGAUUAUUUAAAAUUGGUAACAAAUGACGAGGCUAAAAUAAAUCUUCUAUUAAAAAUUUUAAUAAAAGCCGUGAACGAGCAUAAAUGUUAUAUGAUUUGCGGUACAUUUCCGUCUUUGAAGAAACCGCUAAUGGACAGAGGUUGGAUCGAGAAAAGAGCUAUUAGAAAAAUGAUAUCGAUCUUUUCCAACACGUACGAAGAUGGUUUAUUACAAAUAGAAAAAUUGCUCCGAAUUCCUGCAGAUUUUAUAUGGUAUACGAAUAAAAAACCCGUUAUAAGAACGGACGACAAGACUAUUAUAAAUAAAUUCACUGGUAGCUAUUUUACGUCCAAGGUUGAUAUGUGUAACAACUUGGAAAAAGCCUAUUGGUUUUACGAACCCGGCGUGUCAAACGUACAAUUUCCUCGUUGCUAUCAUUUUUGUCAAUCAGCGCAAAUAGAAGAAUUCAUACAGGAUUAUUAUAUCACCGCGUGUUUCGGGAUUUUAAAAUGGUUCUCCUUACUCGCCAGUUUGAUAGGACCAAAAAACAUUUGGUCUCCAAAUGGAACGAUUCCCAUAAAUGCGAUUUUAUUCGCUAUGGAACGCUGUAUAGAAUAUAUAAACAUUCAAAUACACAAGGACAUAGAUCGUAAAGAUAAUGAAGCUAUGUCUCCUUCUGCUUGGCAUCAGUUUUUGGAUUGGUAUCACGAAAUAAUAUACGAGCGUGUUUUAUUAAAAGAAACCGACGAAGUUGAUACAGAUAAGCUUGUAGCAUCUGUGCAUGAUGUAAUGAAAGCAAUAAUAAAGUAUCGACCGCAAAGCAAGAUCGACGGUAUAAGAAAUAUAUGGAUUUUAAAACCAGGCGACGACAGUUUAGGACGCGGAAUUGUUUUAAAAAAUUUUUUAGUCGAUAUCCUCGCCAAGAUAGAUCAAGCAGAAAAAGAAAAUAUCGAGUAUGUCGUACAAAAAUAUAUAGGCACGUAUCAAUUACGUUUAAUGCAAUGUAUAUGAUGUAGAAAAAGAUAAGGUGUGUUGAGCAGUGUUAAUUCAUUACAUUUUCAAUUCCGAUUUAUAGAGCGACCACUGCUUGUUUACGAGACAAAAAUAGAUAUUAGACAAUGGUUUCUGAUAACUAGUACGCAGCCUCUUGUCGUAUGGAUGUACAAGUACUUUUUUUAAACACAUUGUCCUAGUACCAAAAAAAUGUUAACAAAAUUUUGAUGAAAUUUUAUUAAACAUGUAACAAAAUUUUAUAAUUAUAUUUCACUGAAAAGAUUAUUUUCUGCGUUUAAUGAAGAAUAGAUGACAUUUUAAUUAGGAUUCAGUAAAAACGUAAUGAAAUUUUUACGAAAAAUAAUCAAUACUAUUUAGAAUAACUCCAAUAUUUGCAGAAGUAAGAAAAAAUAGAAGUAAAUGUAACUUGUUCGCAAUCACUUGUUCUAUUAUAUACUUUUAUUAUAUUUUUAUAAUAUUAUUCUAUAUAUACUUUUAUGUAAUAUUUCUAAAAAUCGCAAAUAUUUCUAAAAAUUGCACUUUGCAAAAUGAUUACUUCAUUAUGGUAAAUUAACGACAUAUUAUUGAAAUUGCAAUGAUUUUUUAAUAAAAUCACUAAUCAAAAUGUUUCAAAAUAAACAUAAAAUUUAAUAAAAUGUUAAUUAAAAUUAACUUUUUUCCGCCAGAAUAUGUUAUGUCAUAGAGCUUUUAAUAACUUGAAUUAUCUAAUUAGGGAUAUUUUAAUACGGUUUGCUUCAAAAAAUUUCACUCUCGAUGAUUUUCAUGAGUCCAUCCACUUGUGCAAUACGACGGUACAGCUGAAAUAUCGGAAGUUACCAAGAUGCAAUUCUGGCUUACCUGAACAACGUCACUGGAAUCUUCAAGAUUUUAAGGAUUAUCUUCAGUACUUUAACAUUUUCUUUUACAAAGAAUUAAAAACUUUAAUCAAACAACUAACUACCACUUUAGAUCACGUAAUCAAGAAUUGGCUUGGGAAAAGAUUAUCAGGCCGGGGAUAAAGCAAAAUCUGAUAGGAGCACUUCUGGCGUCGCAGGAUAAUAUGGUAAAUCAUAAGAACAGUUUUCAAUUGUAUGGCGCUGAUUUCGUAGUGGCUAAUGAUUUUUCGGUGUGGCUGUUGGAAAUAAAUACAAAUCCACGAUUGCAUCCGCCAAGCAGCGAAGUCACUGCGAAAUUAUACCCGGAAAUUAUUGAAGAUGCAAUGAAAGGUAUGACGAUUAAAGAAAUAAAAAUAUACGUUUAUAAUAAGUUAUAUUAUACAUUAAUUUUUCUAUACAUUAAUUUUAGUGGUCUUAGAUCGGCGAAAAAAUAAAAAAGUAUCUCUGGGAAAAUUUGAGUGUAUUUACAAGCAACGGAAUCCGUUUUGCGGUGUCAAUAUUUUGGGACAAGGCACGAGUCUCGGCAUUCGUGGCAAAGGUUUAUUUGUUACGUCAAAAUUACCGUGAUAUUUGUGAUGUAACAUGACUGUACUAAGUAACAUCGCCGAAAUUCAUUCAUUGAGAAAUCUAUUUUGCAAAGAGAACUGUUUCAAUUUCCAUCACAAUCUACUCGGUAAUGCGAGUAAUUUCGUAUUAGCACAUAAACAAACUGUCAUAAAUCGUCAUCUGUACACACGUUACACACGUGUUACACACGUAUGUAAGAAAGGAGACUUUUAUGAUCUCCUUUCCUGAUAUUAAACGUAGCAUAUGAUAAGUGGAAGAACAAUCACAGGGCAGUAAUUUAUUAAAAACGUGUUUAUGUUACAAGUAACAAUGUUGUAGGUAUACAGUCCUAUAUAAACAAAAUGUUUUCUUUCUCGGAACAAUGCGUACACAUUAUUACACGGUUAAGGUAGAUAGGAUUAUGUCACGCUACACGUCCACAUUAUUCACAUACAAAAUCACUCAGGUUUUGUAAACAUUUUAAAAAUCAUUAUACUAUUUAAUUUGAUCUUUUAUCAUAAAAUAUAUCGUUCCAUGUUUUGCAGGCUAAAUAUGUUCUGCAAAUAUAUUUUCAAAUCGAAAUAAUGUAGAUUAUUGUUUAGAUAAUAAAUGUAUAAUCUUAUAAUAAAAUAACUAUCCAGAUUUUAUAGCAUAGACUUUCAAGAAAAUCAUUGUUAAUAUGAUAUCAUGUUUUAAACUUAUUUGUAAAAAACAACUAUUAAAAAAGAAAGAUGUGAUAUUAUUUAUAAUAAAUUCCAUUCAACCAAUUUGACAUAAACUAUAGACAAUUCAAUGAAUUCAGAAUUCUUGCUGUUAUUGCAACAUGAUCUAAUA